AUGCCUACAGGAGAUUCUGGAUAUUUUCCCAAGCAGUCCCAGACCAGAGUCUGUGCUCCUGACCUGUGUGCAUAUACUAGAUCAGAAUUAGUCUCUCUUCCGGCAGCCCGCGACGGCGGGCCGCCGAGGAUUCAGAAGGAACUGGCAGACAUCACUUUAGACCCUCCACCCAACUGCAGUGCUGGUCCCAAAGGUGAUAACAUCUAUGAAUGGAGAUCAACCAUUCUAGGGCCUCCAGGAUCAGUGUAUGAGGGUGGUGUAUUCUUCCUUGAUAUCACUUUUACACCAGAAUAUCCUUUCAAGCCUCCAAAGGUUACAUUUCUGACAAGAAUCUAUCACUGUAAUAUUAACAGUCAAGGAGUUAUUUGCUUGGACAUAUUGAAAGAUAAUUGGAGUCCAGCACUAACCAUUUCUAAAGUCCUCCUUUCCAUCUGCUCACUUCUUACAGAUUGUAAUCCUGCCGAUCCCUUGGUAGGAAGUAUUGCCACUCAGUACAUGACCAACAGAGGAGAACAUGACAGAAUGGCCAGACAGUGGACCAAGAGAUACGCUACAUAAAUUGGGUUUUCACAAUUCUUACCUUAUUUGUCUGUCACAGAGAGAGCUGCUUAUGAUUUUGAAGUGGUGGG